GGAGCGCCGGCUGCCUGGGCCUGGCCUACUACGACACCGGCGACUCGGCCGUGCACUUCAUGCCCGACGCCCCGGACCGCGAGAGCCUGCAGCUCCUGCAGAGAGUCCUGGAUGAAAUCAGCCCCCGGUCUGUUGUUACCAGUGCCAAACAGGAUGAGAACAUGACCCGGUUUCUGGGGAAGCUCGCCUCGCAGGAACACGGAGAGCCUAAGAGACCUGAAAUCGUAUUUCUGCCAAGUGUGGAUUUCGGUCUGGAGAUAAGCAAACAGCGCCUCCUUUCUGGAAACUACUCUUUUAUCCCAGACUCCAUGACCACCACUGAGAAAAUUCUCUUCCUCUCCUCCAUAAUUCCCUUUGACUGCCUUCUCAUGGUUCGAGCACUUGGAGGGCUGCUCAAGUUCCUGGGUCGAAGAAGAAUCGGGGUUGAACUGGAAGACUAUAACGUCAGCGUUCCCAUCCUGGGCUUUAAGAAAUUUGUGCUGACCCAUCUAGUGAGCAUAGAUCAAGAUACUUACAGUGUUCUGCAGAUAUUUAAGAGUGAGUCUCACCCCUCAGUGUACAAAGUGGCCAGUGGACUGAAGGAGGGGCUCAGCCUCUUUGGAAUUCUCAACAGAUGCCGCUGUAAGUGGGGAGAGAAGCUGCUCAGGCUGUGGUUCACACGUCCAACUCAUGACCUGGGGGAACUAAAUUCUCGUCUGGACGUCAUCCAGUUUUUCCUGCUACCCCAGAAUCUAGACAUGGCUCAGAUGCUGCAUCGGUUGCUGGGUCACAUCAAGAACGUGCCUCUGAUUCUGAAACGCAUGAAGUUGUCCCACACCAAGGUCAGCGACUGGCAGGUUCUCUACAAGACUGUGUACAGUGCCCUGGGCCUGAGGGAUGCCUGUCGCUCCCUGCCCCAGUCCAUCCAGCUCUUCCGGGACAUUGCCCAAGAGUUCUCUGAUGACUUGCACCACAUCGCCAGCCUCAUUGGCAAAGUGGUGGACUUUGAGGGCAGUCUUGCUGCAAAUCGCUUCACAGUCCUCCCCAACAUAGAUCCUGAAAUUGAUGAGAAAAAACGAAGGCUGGCGGGACUUCCCAGUUUCCUCACUGAGGUCGCCCGGAAGGAGCUGGAGAAUCUGGACUGCCGCAUUCCUUCAUGCAGCGUCAUCUACAUCCCUCUGAUCGGCUUCCUUCUUUCUAUUCCCCGCCUGCCUUCCAUGGUGGAGGCCAGUGACUUUGAGAUUGAGGGACUGGACUUCAUGUUCCUCUCAGAGGAGAAGCUGCACUAUCGCAGUGCUCGAACCAAGGAGCUGGACGCAUUGCUGGGGGACCUGCACUGCGACAUCCGUGACCAGGAGACCCUGCUGAUGUACCAGCUGCAGUGCCAGGUGCUGGCUCGGGCGGCUGUCUUGACCCGGGUAUUGGACCUUGCUUCCCGCCUGGACGUCCUGCUGGCUCUUGCCAGUGCUGCCCGGGACUAUGGCUACUCAAGGCCCCGCUACUCUCCCCGGCUCUUUGGGGUACGAAUCCAGAACGGCAGACAUCCUCUGAUGGAACUCUGUGCCCGAACCUUUGUGCCCAACUCCGCAGAAUGUGGUGGGGACAAAGGGAGGGUCAGAGUCAUCACUGGACCCAACUCUUCAGGGAAGAGCAUAUACCUCAAACAGGUAGGCUUGAUCACAUUCAUGGCCUUGGUGGGCAGCUUUGUGCCAGCAGAGGAAGCCGAAAUCGGGGCAGUAGACGCCAUCUUCACCCGUAUUCAUAGCUGCGAAUCCAUCUCCCUUGGCCUCUCCACUUUCAUGAUCGACCUCAACCAGGUGGCAAAAGCAGUGAACAAUGCCACCGAGCGGUCUCUGGUCCUUAUUGAUGAAUUUGGAAAGGGAACCAACACGGUAGAUGGGCUCGCACUGCUGGCUGCUGUCCUCCGACACUGGCUGGCUCUCGGACCCACAUGCCCCCACAUCUUUGUGGCCACCAACUUUCUGAGCCUCGUUCAGCUACCCUUGUUGCCACAGGGGCCCCUUGUGCAGUAUUUGACCAUGGAGACCUGUGAGGAUGGGAAUGACCUUGUCUUCUUCUAUCGGGUUUGCGAAGGUGUGGCCAACGCCAGCCAUGCCUCCCACACAGCUGCCCAAGCCAGGCUUCCUGACAAGCUCAUAGCUCGUGGCAAGGAGGUCUCGGACUUGAUCCGCAGUGGUAAGCCCAUCAAGCCUCUCAAGGAGCUGCUGAAGGAGAAGCAAAUGGAAAAUUGCCAGACAUUAGUAGAUAAGUUUCUGAAACUGGAUUUGGAAGAUCCCAACCUGGACCUGGACAUUUUCAUGCGUCAGGAAGUGCUCCCUGCAGCUACCACCAUCCUCUGAGCGUCCUUCGUCGGCCCUCCUCCCCUUCCCACACCCUGUGGGCUGCCCUGCCCUUUUUGUUUCUUUAGACACAGAGUUCUCAGUUUCCUCAGAAAUCUUGUUUCACAUUAGGAAUACAGUUUAUUUUGGAGAAA